CAGGCGAAGCUGCGGGCCCGGUCGCUUUUUCCCCUCAACACCUCCUGCCGAGGAGCCAACAUGGCGGGCGAGAGUUGCGGCCUGUUGCUGAAGGCCCUCCUGGCUGCCUGGUUCGCAGCAGUGGUGGCGGCGACAGCCAACCCCGAGCAGGCCGCGCUGCCGGCGGAGCGGAGCCUUGUCCAGCCCAUGACCGCCUCUAACUGGACGCUGGUGAUGGAGGGCGAGUGGAUGCUGAAAUUUUAUGCCCCUUGGUGUCCAUCUUGCCAGCAGACUGAUUCAGAAUGGGAGACAUUCGCCAAGAAUGGUGAAACACUUCAGAUCAGUGUGGGGAAGGUUGAUGUCAUUCAAGAACCAGGUCUGAGUGGCCGCUUCUUUGUCACUACACUUCCAGCAUUUUUUCAUGCAAAGGAUGGGAUUUUCCGCCGUUACCGGGGCCCAGGAAUCUUUGAAGACCUGCAGAAUUAUAUUGUAGAGAAGAAAUGGCAAUCAGUUGAGCCUCUGACUGGCUGGAAAUCUCCGGCUUCUCUAACAAUGUCUGGAAUGGCUGGUCUUUUUAGCAUCUCUGGCAAGAUAUGGCAUCUUCACAACUAUUUGACAGUGACCCUUGGAAUUCCUGUUUGGUGUUCUUACGUCUUUUUCGUCAUAGCCACCUUGGUUUUUGGCCUUUUCAUGGGUCUGGUCUUGGUGAUAAUGUCAGAAUGUUUCUAUGUACCACUUCCUAGGCAUUUAUCUGACCGUUCUGAGGAGAAUCAGAGGUCAGAGGAGGCUCAAAGUGCUGAACAAUUGCAGGAUGCAGAGGAGGAAAAAGAUGAUUCAAAUGAAGAAGAAAACAAGGAUAGCCUUGUAGAUGAUGAAGAGGAGAAAGAGGACCUAGGUGAUGAGGACGAAGUGGAGGAGGAGGAGGAGGAAGACGACUUGGCUGCUGGUGUCGAUGAGGAGAAGAGUGAUGCUAAUGACCAGGGGACCCUGAGAGAGGGCAACAUGGCAGAGAAAGAAGUGGGACCUGAGAAGGUGGAAGGGGCCGUCCCUGAACAGCCCUGUUCAGCUGACACGGAGGUGGCAGGAGAUUCGUUGAGGCAGCGCAAAAGUCAGCACACUGAUAAGGGACCAUAGGUUUUAUGAAAGUUUUCCCAGUAAUAGAGACCAAA